CUCCAUAUCCUUCUCCUCAUUCACCCUCAAAGCGACCACGCCCUUCCAUGCCACCAACUUCUCCUCCUUCUCCUAUACCUUCAACUACAAUUAAGUCUCUGCCUUCUCUUACUCCAACAAAAACUCCAUAUCCUUCUCCUUAUUCACCCUCCAUACCACCAACUUCUCCUCCUUCUCCUACGCCUUCAACUACAAUCAAGUCUCCGCCUCCUCUUACUCCAACAAAAAACUCUAUAUCCUUCCCCUUAUUCACCCUCAAAGCCACCACGCCCUUCCAUACCACCAACUUCUCCUCCUUCUCUUGCACCUUCAACUACAAUCAACUCUCCGCCUCCUCCUACUCCAACGAAAACUCUAUAUCCUUCUCCUCAUUCACUCUCAGAGCCACCACGCCCUUCCAUGCCACCAACUUCUCCUCCUUCUCCUACACCUUCAACUACAAUUAAGUCUCCACCUUUUCUUACUCCAACAAAAACUCCAUAUCCUUCUCCCUAUUCACCUUCUAUGCCACCAACUUCUCCUCCUUCUCCUAUGCCUUCAACUACAAUCAAGUCUCCACCUUCUCUUACUCCAAUAAAAACUCCAUAUCCUUCCUCUUAUUCACCCUAAAAGCCGCCACGCCCUUCCAUGCCACUAACUUCUCUUCCUUCUCCUACACCUUCAACUAAAAUUAAGUCUUCGCCUUCUCUGACUUCAACAAAAACUCCAUAUCCUUCUCCUUAUUCACCCUCCAUGCCACCAACUUCUCCUCCUUCUCCUACACGUUCAACUACAGUUAAGUCUCCACCUCCUCUUACUCCAACAAAAACUCCAUAUCCUUCCCCUUAUUCACCCUCAAAGCCACCACGCCCUUCCAUGCCAGCAACUUCUCCUCCUUCUCCUGCACUUUCAACUACAAUUAAGUCUCCGCCUUCUCUUACUCCAACAAAAACUCCAUAUCCUUCUCCCUAUUCACCCUCCAUGCCACCAACUUCUCCUCCUUCUCCUAUGCCUUCAACUACAAUCAAGUCUCCGCCUCCUCUUACUCGAACAAAAACUCCAUAUCCUUCCCCUUAUUCACCCUUAAAGCCACCAUGCCCUUCCAUGCCACCAACUUCUCCUCCUUCUCCUACACCUUCAACUACAAUUAAGUCUCUGCCUUCUCUUACUCUAACAAAAACUCCAUAUCCUUCUCCUUAUUCACCCUCCAUGCCACCAACUUCUCCUCCUUCUCCUAUGCCUUCAACUACAAUCAAGUCUUUGCCUCCUCUUACUCUAACAAAAACUCCAUAUCCUUCCCCUUAUUCACCCUCAAAGCCACCACGCCCUUCCAUGCCACCAACUUCUCCUCCUUCUCUUACACCUUCAACUACAAUCAACACUCUACCUCCUCCUACUCCAACAAAAACUCCAUAUCCUUCUCCUCAUUCACCUUCUCCUACACCUUCAACUACAAUCAACUCUCCGCCUCCUCCUACUCCAACAAAAACUCCAUAUCCUUCUCCUUAUUCACCCUCAAAGCCACCAUGCUCUUUAGUACCACCAACUUCUCCUCCUUCUUCCCAACAUCUGUCACCUCCACUUGGCCUUGGAAGUUCACCUCCUCCCCCAUCAACAUCCACACCUCCUCCACCACUGAGCCAAAAAAGUCCCCCACCACCCCCAUCAACUUCUACACGCCCUUCACCAAAUGCUCAUUCUCCGCCACCUCCGUCAAGUGUAUGCGUCACUGUUUUAAGAAAGCGUAUCUGCAUAUGAUCAAAUCCCACCACCUUACUCCAUCCUAUAAACUCAGAGUCUUGAUUUCGUUGUACCACUUUUUUCGCUGCAUAAUAAUUCUCCUUCCUCUUUGGCCUACCAAACAUGUAAUCGCUGUAUCC